AAAUUUAUUAAGUUUUUUUUUUUCUGAAAAUCGAAAUCUAUCCAUUGAUACAGAAGUUUGAAAACCCGUGCAAAUUUUCAUCAAAUCCAGCAACAGGUUUUAUGUAUUAAUUUUGUAUGCUUCAUUAAAGUGUUAUCAUGUAUGUACUGCAUUAGAGUAAAAGGUACCGAUAAAUUGUAAUAACUUUUACCCAAUCCUUAAUAUUUAGAACAAUAAAUAUGUUUAAAUGAGAAAAAUAAAAUUGUUGUACACGAAAUUGUAUACGUAACAGAAUCAUAUGAGCUGAAUGCUGACACAGUGUAAAAUUAAAUGUGUUACACAAGUGUCGUGUGGAGAAAAAAAAACCGGUUUGUCAAGAAAACACCAUUUAAAAUUUUAAACAUUCACCAUUCUAGGUUUUCAUUGGUCGUUUCGAUUCUACCCAGUUUCACACCCAUAUCGGUGAUAUAAAAAAGCGCGCAAACCCCACUAACCGUCACUUCUGGCGCAAAAAUGGAACAAAAUAUCUACGGAAAAUUUGAACUUACGAGUCAUACAAAGAAAGAUGGUUCGAAUGAAACAUCCUUGUCAAGCAGAUUAAAUAGUCAAACUAGUAUAUCCGUAAAUCUCUUCAACGGAGUGGUUUAUGUGCAUAUUACUAAGAAGGAGAAGAAGUACUACCUACCCCUAACACUUGAUGAAUAUCAAGAUUUGACGGACCUUAGGGGGAACCUGGAGGAUAACCUCUAUUUGAUUAAUCAGGGUCAAAAUCAAGAGGAGAGCAAGCCGAAGCCUGAACAGGGCAGUAGUGAUGUAAGACACGUACUUGUAGCUGAAAGGAGAAUGCAUCCAUAUACUCGCAAGAGCCAGUCAGGAGCAGGAGCGGGAAAUAACAGUUAUGCAGAUGAAUUUGACCAAUAUCUGCAGUCAUCGUUUCAAUAAGCGAGUUAUCUCUCUUAUAGCAUUUCUAUUAUACAAUAAUAUCGACGUCUCUCAAUAAUGUAUCGUAAACGUCUCACUAAGUCGCUCGUAGAUUUAAACGGGGAUGUAUUAUUAAGAGAUACAUCGUACUGUGCUACUAAUCUAUGUUUCAUCAGUAUCUUAUUCGGUUGUCACGAGGUCGACAUCUGUCGAUCUGUCAUCUAUCGUUAUCUUGUAAAAGCCAUAAUGAGGCGCUAUCCAGAAUUCAGAAACGAAACUCGUUUCUUUGUCGACAGUGUAGUAGAGUUGAAAUAUGGGAGAGUUCGUUCCCAAAUGAAAAGGCUAACCAGACAUCGAUAUUAUUGUAAAGUAGAAGUCGUGUUUAGCACGUAUAAUGAAGAGACGGUGUUUGAUUGUAUCUCAGAAUGUAGGGAGAACUAAACAACUUUUGGCUUAAUGAUCAUUUUAUUGAGAAAAUACAGUGACUUCAUACAAAACAUAAGUGAAAUGAAUUAAUAACAUGGAAAUGUAAGCAAUGUUAUUUUGUAGAAUAAUUACAUUCUCUAUACACACACGAACCUGUUUACGUAAGAACAGAUGUCGUUUAAUACAUCAACUGUAAAUUAAAAUAUGGCAACACGUGAUCUAUCAUUAAGAAUACGUAACCUUUAAGAAUACGUAACCUUUAAUUGAUGUCUCUCUUCAGAAUAUUGAUAUAUUUUUAAUUCAUAUGAAAAUUUCUCUUACUAUUAAUUAACACCAGAGUUUGUAGCGUACAUGAUACCUCUUGUACCCUUUUAAACUUCACAUGAUGUCUCUCAUAAUUCAGAAUAGAUCCCUCUCAUACCUUGGAAUACAUAAUAAUCACAUAACCUUUAAAUGAUACCUCUCAUACCUCGGAAUACAUAAUAAUCACGUAACCUUUAAAUGAUGCCUCUCAUACCUUGGAAUACAUAAUAAUCACGUAACCUUUAAAUGAUACCUCUCAUACCUUGGAAUAUAUAAUAAUCACGUAACCUUUAAAUGAUACCUCUCAUACCUUGGAAUAUAUAAUAAUCACGUAACCUUUAAGUGAUGUCUCUCAUACAUUUGACUUGAACAUUAAUUUUGAAUUUCUUCACCAAUUGAAACUUAUACUUUUUGAUUUUAAAUU